GGAGAAAAAUUAAACAAACCAAAAGAAAAACAAAAUAAGGACGCGAAGCUCCCAUCGUUGGUGAAGGAAAAGCAAAAAAAAAGUUUUUUGCGAAUCGUACAAAGAGAUGAAAAAGCACACGUUUGGCAGGCCGUAAAAGAACGAUUCGGAAACCAGAAACGUAUAGAUAUUGGAAUGCAGCCACGGUCCGAGACGAUGGAUAAAUAGUUUGCUGGCAUACUUUUUUUCCUGGCGCUAAAAGAAUAAAUGCAACAUUGGCCAAUACGUAAAACGACUAAAGGAGAGAGCACCCUAGAAUCACACAAAACCACCACAGAAACCCGUGCCCGUGCCACAUAACCAUGGAUUCGGAUGACGGUGGCACAAAUCGUAAGAGUCGGGGACGGGGCCGUUCCAAAGGCAACCGUGGGCGUGGUCGUGGCCGUGGCCGCGGCCGGGGAAAGAAAGCGUCGCGUGUCAUUUCCUCGGAGGAGGACGAAGGAGUUGCAUCGCCCGACCCACCGGAAAAAGAAUCCACCGCGCUACCGGAAAAGCAGCAGCCAACGGCCCACUCGUCCGGUACGGGUAAAAGGCGUAGCGUUGAGCGAGAAGUUUCCAAAAAGAAUCAACCACCAGCCGUACCACAACCACAACCUGUACCACCCGAGCCAGCCGAACCGGAUCCGGAACCGCUGCCAGCGGCAAUGAUGUUGCCGGCGCCGAGCAGCGCGCCGCUCGUUAUCGACAUGGAGGCGGAUAUUUCGCAGCUAGAGGCACCUACCUUUACCACCAUCAGCCGUGGUCCGCCGGAACCGAUGCUGCACCUGAACUGGAACCACCGGGUAAACUUGAUCGGCGAAAAGGUGCUUAACCCGAUGAUCUAUUGCUGCGACGAGUGUGACAAUCCCAUACUCAUCUACGGGCGCAUGAUACCGUGCAAGCAUGUGUUUUGUCUGCAGUGUGCCCGGUCCGAUACGCUCAAGUUUUGUCCGCGCUGUAAGGAGAAGGUGACCCGCGUGGAACAGACCCGCCUUGGCACGGUGUUUAUGUGCACGCACGGUGGUACCCGGUACGGUAACACGGGCUGUCGGCGUACGUACCUAUCCCAGCGAGAUCUGCAGGCACACAUUAAUCAUCGGCACGUGACGAACCCUCCCCCACCGGCACCAGCGAUACAACCGCUAGUGAUACCGCCCGUACAAGAAGCUGUCCCAAUAGAACCGAUGGAACUGUCGCCGAUGAGUAAACUUCUGUCGGAGAAGGUGAACUUGGGUGGGGUCGCGUCGCUGCGGAAAAAUUACUCCUCCGAGCAGAUUCAUUCACCCCGGGGAGGGAUGAUGCGAUCGUCAGAGGCGGGCGACAGUUACUAUAGCUAUGGCAGCACCAGUACGUACAGUACUGCAAGCCAAUCCGCUGCCAACCAGCAACACCUUCACGGCAAUCUUGCAGCACAACAGCCCCCGGUACAGCAGCAUCUGUCCCGGCCCGGUUACUCACCUUACGGCCAUCAGAUAUCCUCUCCGCAGCAACCACAGUCGUCUAACGCGUCCUCCACAUCGUCCUCCCACUGGAGCCAAUCCACCAGCCAGUACUAUCGCUAAACGGUACAGCCGUGUGCCGUAUGUAUGUCCUUUCCCUCAUUCCUUGGCUUAAUGUCCUUGUGUCUAUAUAAUUAAGAGGAAAGCAGCUGGUGCUUUCUUUGCAUUCAUAUAUGUGUUAUAAGAAAAAAAAAUGUGUUGGCCGUGGUAAAGAACGAGUUGGAAUUUCACACUGUGAAAACGAUUUUCGAUGUGCCGGUCCGGGCCGAACCAGGUUCUGGAAAAAUAUUGACUGAGCCAUACAUCUAUAUACUCAAAGCUGUCUAUUACUUAAUAAGUGUUUUACUUCCAAUGGACUAAACGUAUGAAAAAGGAAGGGAAAAUAAAAAAAAAAAUCUUGGAUGUCUUUAA